GUCCGCCCGCCCACAUGACUUCAGAGGAACCCCUCGCACAGCCUCGCCCAGGGCCCGCAGCGCACCGCCCAUAUCCUCGUGCGAGCUGACGUCAGGUGUGGCGUGCAGGACAGGAGGACAGUGCAGAUUGUGAACCUGCGUUUCGAGACCCUUAGUAGCACUUCUCCCAAAGAAGAGGGCACCGGACCAAAGCAUUCCGUAUCUUCUCUUACAGUACCAUUGGCAUUACACAUCAUUUCCUGCAUGGUGGAUAUUAUUUUCAGUUCUUCUUUUCUGAGUGCUAUGGGGGAUCACUCUAAAAGGAAGACUGGCAGCAUCGCGAUGUGUGUGGGCUGUGGGAGUCAGAUUCAUGACCAGUACAUCCUGAGAGUGUCCCCAGAUCUCGAGUGGCACGCUGCCUGCCUCAAGUGUGCGGAAUGCAGUCAGUACCUGGACGAGACCUGCACUUGCUUCGUGAGGGAGGGUAAAACCUACUGCAAAAGGGAUUAUAUCAGGUUGUUUGGUAUCAAGUGUGCCAAGUGCAAGGUGGGAUUCGGCAGUACGGACCUAGUAAUGCGAGCCCGUGACAAAGUGUAUCACAUCGAGUGCUUCCGCUGCUCAGUCUGCAGCCGCCAGCUCCUUCCAGGGGAUGAGUUCUCCCUACGGGACCACGAACUGUUGUGCCGGGCCGACCACAGCCUACUCCUGGAGAGAGGGGGCUCAGCGGCAGGCAGCCCCCUCAGCCCGGGUCCCCUGCACGCUAGUCGAGCCCUGCACCUAGCAGUGGAGCCAGUCUCGGCCAGACAGCCUUCUCUGAGACCUCACGUUCACAAGCAAUCAGAGAAAACGACCAGGGUGCGGACAGUCCUGAAUGAGAAGCAGCUGCACACACUGAGGACUUGUUAUGCUGCAAACCCCCGACCUGACGCCCUUAUGAAGGAGCAACUUGUGGAGAUGACUGGCCUCAGUCCGCGGGUAAUCCGUGUCUGGUUUCAGAACAAACGCUGCAAGGACAAGAAGAAAUCCAUUCUUAUAAAACAGCUGCAGCAGCAACAACACAGCGACAAAACUAACCUCCAGGGUCUAACAGGGACGCCCCUAGUCGCCAGUAGUCCUGUCCGCCACGAUAAUGCAGUGCAAGGGAACGCAGUGGAGGUCCAAACUUAUCAGCCACCGUGGAAAGUGCUGAGCGAGUUCGCCCUACAAAGUGACUUGGAUCAACCGGCCUUCCAACAACUGGUUUCCUUUUCUGAAUCUGGUUCCUUGGGUAAUUCGUCAGGCAGUGAUGUCACCUCUUUGUCUUCCCAGUUACCUGAUACCCCCAACAGCAUGGUACCCAGCCCAGUGGAAACGUGAGAACCAGUCUGGACUAUAUGCAACCCUCCCGAGAAUUGGAUUGAGCAUGCUCCUGUGUCCUGCAUGAGAGAAGUCCAGCCUCAGGCCAUUUACAAGUCCUUGACAGAACAGCAACAAAAAGCACUUUUUUGAUAUAAACCACACAUCAUCAAUGCAAAACAAAAGGUAUUUGGAAUUUCACAUCUUCCACAGGACUGGAGAAAUCUCAGCAUUCCUGUUGGACUUUUUUAAGCAUUCAUGGAAUUAUAAUUAGGCCUAGGUCCACUGUAUGAGAAAAGGAACGGAACACAAAGUGGUCUGCUAAAUAACCCACAGAUAUAACCAAAAGCAAAUAUUUUUCUGGAAGCCGGAUAAGUGGAUGCAAAUCAUAUGCCUGAUGUGCUUUAAACCAAUUAUACAUUCCUUUUGGCCAUUUACGUCAUCCUUUUUUCUUCUCUCUCUCUCGUUUCAAUAUCAUAUGAAGACUGAAAGACUGAAGGAAAAGACUUUAACAGAAUUGCGCAUGACUGAAAAAAAGAAACGAAUCCGAACUGAAACUUUUUUAUCAGAAAACAAAAAAAAAAAAAAAAAAAACUAAUGGACGAAGACAGAAUGUUUGAUCAUUAUGAAAACAAAAAGUAAGUUUAUUGUUAUUUAUUGUCAGAACGGUUGUUCAUGUCUGGAUUUUAAAAAGUUAUCGUAAUAAAGUAUCUAUUGACUACUGUAUUUUGUGUGCU